UGAACAAGCCACAAAGAUUGGGAUGCUGUCACUCCCCUGAGCAAAUGCUUUGCCAAAACGGAGGGGAGAAUGAAAGGCAACCACAGGCAUCACACAACGGUUUGAGAACCAACAAGAACCCUACACAUGUACGCCCAAUGCUAUAAGUGGCAGUGGUCUCAGCCAGUGCACAUCCACCAUGUAGCAGGCUUCAUAAGAUCCUGGUCUACAGUAACUGCCUUCAGAAGAGAUCAGGUCUGACUCAAAUGAAUUGAGCUCAUUCGCCCCACUCUAAACGAAGCAGCGACUAAUUCAAGUCACUGAAUAAUACCAUUGUGGCAUGUGCUCCUAGUAAUAAAUUGUGAUAUGAAGACCCAGACCUUUAAAGGAAUAUUUAAAGUUCCCUCAUGGAAAACUGAUUAGACCAAGAGAUUGAAACAAACGUCGGCAUUAGGGGACACUCAUCACUGAAGCGCACUCAGCGAACAAAGGCGCUGGAUUGGGGAGCUUGGUAUGGAGGCGGGACCUGCACAGCCCCCACUACUACUACUACCUCCUUCAAGCACCAGAGAUCCUCAGCACGGUUAAAUCUCGAGAAGAAGAGAAAAGACUGACACUUCCCUUGGUCUACACAAGCCGUAUGGUCAACAGUAGAACGCGGGAGGCUGAGGAAAAUUAAGGAGAAAAGAAAGCAGAAGAAAGAAGAACAAGAUACUGCGGAGGAAUUUAUUUUUUAAACAAGUGCGCCUGUACUCCAAGCUCUGACACCUGUGAGACCUACCUGACCAAAGACCAGCCAAGAAUUGUGGGAGACCCUUGUGUGUUCGACAUGGAGCCCACCCAAUCAGAGAUGAGCAUCCUUGCCAACGGGAAAAGCAAUGGUCUGGCGGAGGAUAUGUGCGUACCGGCGAAGGCCUUGCUUGUGGCGGAGCAAAACGGUACUCACACCAACAGAUUCGAUGAUCCAGAGGGAGUCACAGCAGAGAGCGAAGAGUUCCUGCCCAAUGGCGACGGGAAGAAGCCUGCGAAAUUCACUGACUUUGAAGGGAAGACCUCUUUCGGCAUGUCCGUUUUUAACCUGGGCAACGCUAUCAUGGGAAGUGGCAUCCUUGGACUGUCAUACGCCAUGGCAAACACUGGCAUCCUGCUCUUUCUCUUCCUCCUGACGGCAGUGGCUUGCCUCUCUUCGUUCUCCAUUCAUCUCCUGGUGAAGGCUUCUGGAAUUGUGGGUAUUCGGGCCUAUGAGCAGCUUGGCAUGAGGGCUUUUGGCACUCCAGGCAAGAUGGCUGCCGGCAUCGCCAUCACCCUGCAGAACAUCGGAGCCAUGUCCAGCUACUUGUACAUCGUCAAGUCCGAGUUCCCAUUGGUCAUCCAGGCCUUUCUGAGGGCGGACCCUUCCUCUGGGGAGUGGUAUUUAAAUGGCAACUAUCUGGUGGUGCUGGUCAGUGUCCUAAUUAUCUUGCCCCUGGCCCUCAUGAAGCAGCUGGGUUACCUGGGCUACACCAGUGGAUUCUCUCUCAGCUGCAUGGUCUUCUUCCUCUCUGCUGUGAUCUACAAAAAGUUUCAGAUCCCCUGUCCUUUUGAAGACUACACCUCCAAUGCGACCGCCCAUCACAUUAUGGCUAACGUGACAUUGGAGGACCAUAGCCACGCCUACCAGAACGGCCACGUUGAGCUGGACGACGCCUGUGCACCCCGCAUGAUCACAUUCAACACACAGACGGCCUACACUAUUCCUAUUCUGGCGUUUGCCUUCGUGUGCCACCCUGAGGUCCUGCCCAUCUACACUGAGCUUCGCAAUCCUACCGCCAAGAAGAUGCAGAGGGUCUCCAACCUCGCCCUGCUCAUCAUGUACGUGAUGUACUUCCUGGCUGCUCUCUUCGGCUACCUGACCUUCUAUGGGAGGGUGGAGCCAGAGCUUCUGCACACCUACAGCCGCAUCGACCCCUACGACAUCCUGAUCCUGUGCGUGCGAUUGGCCGUGCUCACUGCCGUCACUCUUACUGUGCCAAUCGUCUUGUUCCCUGUGCGUCGGGCCAUUCAGCAGAUGCUCUUCCCCACCAGUGCCUUCAGCUGGCUGCGUCACAUCGCCAUCGCCGUCAUCCUCCUCACCUGCAUCUGCAUGCUCGUCAUCUUCGCACCUAACAUCCUCGGCAUCUUUGGCGUCAUCGGUGCCACCUCUGCCCCCUGCCUCAUCUUCAUCUUCCCUUCCAUCUUCUACCUGCGCAUCGUGCCUGUCGACAAGGAGCCCAUGACCUCCACCACCAAGAUUGUGGCCGUGUGCUUUGUUGUUCUUGGUCUGGUCUUCAUGGUGAUGAGUUUGAGUUUCAUCAUCAUCGAUUGGACAACAGGCAGCAGCAGUGGCUUGGGUGGACACUAGGGGGGGCCCUCACCGUAGACGGUGUGUGUGAUGUGUACUUGUGAGAAUGUAAGAAUAAGUGUGUGUGUGUGUGUGUGUGUGUGUGUGUGUGUGUGUGUGUGUGUGUGUGUGUGUGUGUGUGUGUGUGUGUGUGUGUGUGUGUGUGUGUGUGUGUGUGUGUGUGGUGGCUAGUCAAGGUGAGGGUGAAAGUCCAUCAGUAGGGUAUCCGGGAUGCGGGACAGUGAAAAAGACUUUUGAUGGUUUUUUUUAUGUACAAAAGUUCUCUUUAACAAACCAAAAACAUAUCAGUCUAAUGAGAAAGCCCUGGGUUCAAUCCAGUGGACCUGGGCCUUUUUUUAAAAAGGAAGAAAAUCUGCUUUUAUUCUUCUAUUAUCAAUUUGAUCAAUUUUGUUUUAUAUUGAUUUUGUAAGUAUUGUAUCACACCCAAAAAGUCACUGUGUUAUUCAACAUUGACUGACAAACAAACUAGCACAAAAAGUUAGGAAAGAACCGGCAACUAUUAUUAUUAUUAUAAAUAACAUCUGUCCAAUGGCCGUAAAUUCUUCCUUAUACCAGGAUAUUGAAACUACUCUUAUGUACUGCAGAAUCAGAUAAUACAAUAAUUCCCCAAUUCUCAAUUGUUCACUCACAACAACAUGUGUUGAAGAGGCAAAGAAAGGUGUAUCCAAAAUCGGACGCGUUUAUUUUUCUCCAACUACAGAAUGUCCUUAGUGUCAACCAGAAUUUAUCUCUUCCUACAUACCUCACCCUGCCAUCCCUAGUCACGCCCCAUACAUACAUACAUACACACAGCACAGCAGUAUGUUUAAAGGUAUUUUGUACACUUUUUUUCAGUAGGGAAACACUUGAUAUUAUGUGCGUGUAUGUACAUAUGUAGUGUUAGGUACUUAUCUAUAUGUAUAUACGCACACACAUGCAGACAGGCGCUCACGUUGCCUUUUUGAUGUUAUUUGCCUUUUUAUUAGAAUGAUACGCUAAUGUGAUUUUUAAGGUGAAUGUCUGUAGAAAAAGAAAAGGGAGAUGGUCAGUCGUCAGAAGUAUUUCCCCGACUCUGAUUUUGAGUGGAGUAGCAGGGUUUGUGCUGCUGUUGUGUGAAGUGCCAAAGCCUGCUGUAAACCACAUAUUAGAUCACAGAUCAAAGUUGGGCUCGAUAGACUCCCGACUUCUCUGUACAUGCCGAAUAGAUUAUUAUUAUUAUUAUUAUUAUUAUUAUUAUUGUUAUUCAGGAGAGGUUCUUGAAAAAAUAAUGAAAACAUCCAAAAAACAUAAUAUCUAUUUAUUUUAAUAUGUAUGAAGCAUUUUUAAUUAUUUUUUUCCAGACAUACACAUUUUAGCAAACCGUGUGAGUAAUCCAAUAUAUUAUUAUUAUUAUUAUUACCAGGUACUUGAUUCUUUAUUCCAGUGCCUGUUUUGUAUAUUAGACUAGAGACACAAUGAUUCAGGAGUUACUAUGUGCAAAUCAGCAGUCUCAGCUUUUUGAAGUUUUGCAGGACAAAAAAAGGGGCUUAGCUUCAGGAUGGCUCACUACUGCCCCCUAAGGGCUUCUUUGUUGUGUGUUUGAAUGUGGUAGUUUACAAUGUAUUGUCUUUGGAUCACUGAAGGAGCCUCUCCUGAUACUUAGGAGAUUUGUAGUGUUACUUCAACACUGAGAUUCAAGAUUCAAGAUUCAAGAUUGGUUUAGUGGUCCCCAAAAGGAAAUUUGUCUCAAGUUGCCACAUAACACCUAACAAAAUGCAGUGACAGUAUAGACUUACAGUGUAGUCAUAGAGAUAGGCUACUCAGAAUACAUACGUAGUGCACCCUUCGAGAGCAACACUAUGGGUGUCCCUCUAAGUGUUGAAUUAACUCUACAAAAUGUAUGCUGUAGAGGGCUGUUGCCAGCAGACAUAUUCAACUGGUACAGCACGUGGCCUUUCCUGCCCCUGCCACGCUAAAGAGGCACACGUGAAACUGAUGCCAGCUUGCAGAGGCCUAUGCCCACACUCGAAACAAACCAGCUGGCAAUAGGAUAUUAGUGCAGUGGAAGUGUUGAGAAGACGUGGCAUACUCUAAAUUCUGCCACUCUUAAAAGAGGUGCUAGUGGGUAACUUAAGUAGACCUCCCUCCUGCCAUCUAAUACAGUUACAGGCACUGGCUGAGCUAGUAUCCAGGCUUUUAGCUGACUUGGCAGCGCGCCCUCCUCCUACACCAGAGUUUGUUGUGAGGUUGUGGGGUCGAGACUGCGUUUGGACUGCGCAAGAUGAGGUCCAUUAUACCCACACUUAACCCACAGUCACACUGGUAAUUGGAUUGUUUUGGGAAGCAGUGUCAUGCUCUGAAUUGUUAUUUUUUUGUUUUCCUGUAACCCAUGAGCAGACAGACAGACAAGUGUGAUUUGUGUUGUUAUAUAAGGCAGUUGUUUGUCCAGUUGUGUUAGAAGUGGAGCAGUAAUUGAUGUCAGUGCGCUGUAGUAUUUUUUGUUUACUUCCUGUAUGUCCCCGUCUGAACACCGUAUUAUCAGAGAGAGUAGAGACAGAGAGGUUCCAUUGGCCCAUUGUUUCCGGGUUCUAUUAUUAGGCAGACCUGAGGACUGUUCUAUUCAAUGCUAGGAGCAUUAUGACACGCCCCUUUAGGCAGACCGGAACCUGGUCAUGUUAGGUGCCCAUAGAAACCUAUUAUGUUGGCAUAUCUCUAUACUUAAAGAAUCUCUGGUAUUACCCUUCCCUGGCCUGGAUACAGACUGGGGUUCCAAAGGUGUACUGUGUUGGCACCACAAGAGCACACUGCACUACGGCGCACCAGCUACCAGUACAGUGCUAGGUGCAGUGAAGAUAACUGUUAAACAUAUUCACCCUACAUACUGUAUAUCCGCACUUACAAUGACUUGCUCAUGUGUAACAGCUGCCCACAAGCUUGUUACAGCAAUGUUCGAGCACUUAUUUGAGCCAAAAGUAUAUUUUUUUCUUCGUAUUUGCUUUGCUUUAUUUCAUAUUUACACUUCAUUUUAGGUCAUCUUUUGUACAUUUUCACUUCUUAAAAACUGCACCUCUGAAUAGGAAAAACUUUACGUUACGAAUUCAUCCUUGCAGAUCACAAAGCUUGUAGAUAUGGUCUGAUGCCUCACAUGCAAUAUAUUCUAGCAUGCAACACAAUUCCAAUCUUGCUGUCGAUUUUGGACUUUUGCAAGGCAUUCGACUUUUAAAUAAUUGUUAGUGUCCGGCAUUUCAUACGGCCUUAGUCUGUCAGAUCUUCGUUUGUGAAAUAUCGAAUAGUGUUGCCUCAAGACAGGCCAGUCUCUUUAAAUCAACCUUACAGACAACUCUGGCUGGCUGCCAUGAUAGACCACAUCCACAACUGGCCAGACAGACAAACAGUAUUACCUGAGAACAUGCGACUGAAUUAUUUAACACAAUCCAGCGCAGACAGGCUCGCCUGUCGCACUAUUGUUUCAGGUGACAGUUAUGACACAUCAGAGCUGCUGCCACCAACGCUCACCAGAUGGGCAUGCUGAAAUAUUAACACGCGUGUCUACUGUCUAGAAGCAGACAACCAACGCUAAUAUCAUGUCACCUUUUGUUGAAGUCAUGUACAUUGUCUGUGUAAAGUACACUAACAUCACGCACCUCAGUGCACAGUGCUGUGUGUGGUUUUCAACAACACUAUUUGUGAGGAAACAAAAAAAAAUCAAAAGGUGUACAUCCCUUGCAAGGGUAAUGGUCACUACAUGCUCUAAACUACAUUAUUUCUGUAGAGAAUUGUAAUAUGUAGUAUUAUUACAUACCGUGUAUAAUGUGCUGCUGACCUAACAAUGUCGAGAGAGAGACAGACUUUAUUAAUCCCCAAGGGGACAUUGGCAGUGGCUGUGGUUCAUCAUCAUAAAUAACGUAUUGUUUCUAAUAUAGAGAGUCCAUCAGCACUGAAGGAAAAGGUAGUGAUGAAAUGUAUGUCCUCUCUCAGUACUAAAAUCUUUUGUCACUGUCAAGUUUUGAUGUCUGAGAUUGACUCGCACAAUGCCAGCAUGUGCUGUCCAGUGCUGUGAGUGCGCUUUUCAGUUCUAAAGACCUUAUAUCAGUGUCAUGUGUUGUGCCUUGACAUGUGUUGUGCCUUUGGCAUAAUGUCGA